GCUAGCCAAAUACCCUUUAAUUAGAUGACAGAAGAGAGGAAAACAAUGGGUAGAGGAAAAAUAGAGAUCAAGAGGAUUGAGAAUGUGAACAGCAGACAAGUUACAUUCUGCAAGCGACGUAAUGGGUUGCUCAAGAAGGCUAAGGAAUUGUCUGUACUCUGUGAUGCUGAAGUUGCUGUCAUAGUCUUCUCUAAUACAGGGAAGUUAUUCCAAUUCUCUAGUGCCAGCAUGGAGAACACUCUCACAAGAUACUGCCAAGGCUUGGAUUUAGAAUGGCUUGAACUUUCUCAUGAUGAACAUGAAAUAGAGAAACAGAAGGCACAAAGGGCAGCAGAAUUGAGGACACUGAAAGAUGAAGUCUCACAACUACGGUUGUCAUGCUUGUAAGUGAUGAUGAAUUGGUCUGAAU